AUGGAUCGUAGUUGGUUGAAAGCCGAUAGAUUAGGUCCAGUGUAUGAGAAAGGAGUUCUUGAAUUCCUUGAAUCUGCCGAAAAAAAUGUUUCCGACAAUAAUGAUAUCUUUUAUUGUCCUUGUAUUGUUUACGGAAAUAUCAGAAAACAACCAAAAAAAGAAAUAUUACAUCACUUAUGUUAUGAUGAAAUAUGUCAAAAUUAUACAACAUGGAUGUGGCAUGGAGAAGUGGAUAAUAAUCGAAAUGCAACGCCACAAAUGAAUGAAGGGGAUGAUGAUAUGGAUGAUCGACUAGAAGAUAAGAUUCAUGAUAUUGGAUAA